GCCUGACAGCCUGUAGGAGCCUGCAGCGCUCAGCAGCAGCUCCCGUCUCACUGAGAGGACGGAGCUCUAAUCUGGAUGGUAGCUGACACUGUGUAAACGAAAAUCCUGAAUGGUCCAGAACAGGAAAAGGAAGUGUUGACCUCUGACCUUCCUCCAGCUUCAACCUCCACCAUGGGAUCGUCCACACUGGGAAAGGCAGCGUCUCUAGAUGCUCUCUUAGAUGAAUGCAUUCAAGCAUUUGACGACCGUGGAGAGCUGCAGGGAAACCUGCUUCCUCGCAGUGUCCUGCUGAUGCAUCGCUGGUAUGUCACAUCCUCAGAACUGGCAGGAAAACUACUGAUGAUAUACCGCGACUGCAAAGGUGACAACUGCCAAAGAACCAGACUGAAGAUUUGUUAUUUAAUGAGGUACUGGAUAGUGACGUUCCCAGCAGAGUUUAACCUGGACCUAGGUCUGAUCCGGAUCACAGAGGAGUUCAGAGACGUGGCUGCUCAGCUAGGCUGUGAGGAGCAUUUCAAGCUCAUAGACAUCUCCACAAUUCCGUCAUAUGACUGGAUGAGGAAGCUGACCCAGAGGAAGAAGCAGGCUAAAAAAGGCAAGGCCUCACUGUUGUUUGACCACCUGGAGCCCAUGGAGCUGGCAGAACACCUCACCUUCCUGGAGUUCAAGUCUAUCCGCAGGAUAUCGUUCACUGAUUACCAGAGCUAUGUGAUCCAUGGCUACUUGGUGGACAACCCGACUCUGGAGCGCUCCAUCGCCUUGUUCAAUGGAGUCUCUCAGUGGGUCCAGCUCAUGGUGCUCAGCAAGCUCACCCCUCAGACCCGGGCAGAGGUCAUCACCAAAUACAUCCAUGUGGCUCAGAAACUCCUGCAGCUGCAGAACUUCAACACUCUGAUGGCAGUGGUGGGGGGGCUGAGCCACAGCGCUAUCUCUCGACUGAAGGAGACUCACUCUUAUCUGGCUCCAGAAGUUGUGAAGAUCUGGAGUGAGAUGACAGAGCUGGUGUCCUCCAGCAACAACUACUCCUGCUACAGAAAGGCCUUCAGCGACUGCCGGGGCUUUAAGAUCCCCAUUCUGGGUGUGCACCUGAAGGACCUGAUCGCCGUGCAUGUGGUCUUUCCUGACUGGAUUGAGGACAGUAACAAGGUGAACCUGGUCAAGAUGAACCAGCUCUACAUGACCUUCAAUGAGCUGGUGUCGUUGCAGAGUGCAGCAGCUCAAGUGGAGCCCAACAUGGACCUCAUCUACCUGCUAACACUUUCCUUAGAUCUUUAUUACACAGAAGAUGAGAUUUAUGAGCUGUCGUUGCUAAGGGAACCACGUAACCCCAAAUCACUGCCUACCUCUCCAACGACGCCCAACAAGUCCCUGGCCCCACUGGACUGGGCCUCGGGGGUCACCACCAAACCAGACCCGUCUGUCGUCAAUAAACACAUCAGGAAGGUGGUGGAUUCUGUGUUCAGGAAUUAUGACCAUGACCACGAUGGCUACAUUUCUCAAGAGGACUUUGAGAGCAUAGCUGCCAACUUUCCCUUUCUGGACUCCUUCUGUGUUCUGGACAAAGAUCAAGAUGGAUUGAUCAGUAAGGAUGAAAUGAUAGCAUAUUUCCUCCGGGCUAACCCUCUGCUCCAGCGUAAGAUGGGACCAGGAUUCAUCCACAGUUUCCAGGAGAUGACUUACCUGAAGCCCACCUUCUGUGAACACUGUGCUGGAUUUCUCUGGGGAAUCAUCAAACAGGGCUACAAGUGCAAAGACUGUGGUGUUAACUGUCACAAACAGUGUCGGGAGCUGCUGGUUCUGGCCUGCAGGAAGCUGAUCCGCUCCGGCUCUGUGGGCAGUGUUUCCCCUGCAAGACUGACUCACAGCUCACUGCCCAGCAGCCCUGCACUGCCCACCUAUGAGGAUGAGGUGUUUGAGUUCCCAGCCGUCACAUCAGCAGGUCCAGUUGUGGACCCCCAGUCCAUCACCCUGAUGACUGGUUCGGCCCAGAGAAUCUCAGUCCGUUUGCAGAGGGCCACCACCAGCCAGGCCACCCAGACCGAGCCCCUGUGGCCUGAGCACAGCUGGGGGGCCACAGACGGCGGCUCCCACACCUUCCCCAAAAUGAAAUACAGGACUCACAGGAAGAUGUCUAAAAAUAAAGGUUUUGCCUUCUGGGAAAACCAGAAUGAGCAGCACCAGGUGGUUUCCUCUCGGUGCAGCCUGGAGUCUCAGAAGACACUGGAUGUCCAGAACGGGAUCACACUCAGAGGAGGGGAGGACAGCUGACUUGGUGAGGACCAGCCCCGUGGGUCCAGAAAACCCCUGGCAGCAGGAAUCAGGAAGCUCUUCUCUCUGGGGGAGAUGCUGGGCUGCCUGAAGCCCCCCCUGAAGUUAUCAUGUCCUCUCUAGACGUCAGCACAGACAACUACACGAUCAGGAAGAGGAGCUCAGUGGACACUGGACUGACACCUACUGUGAAUCAAUGACAUGUCCAUCCUGAGGAUCACUGAGGAUGUAAUUCAGUGUGGGUUUAGGUCCAGGGUGUACAUUAAAUCAGCACUUGAAAAAGUGUGACAUAUUGUGAACUUCACAGAGUGUGGAACGGGUUCAGUCCAGUGGAUCAUUGCUGGCCAGUUACUUUACAACAGCUCAGGUGCAGACUGAGAAAGACAAAUCCAGGAGCAAAAACUGUCUAUGUCUGAUCUGAGGACAACUACACGUUCUAAUGAUUAGAAGGAGCCUGUUGCAUAUAGGGAGUGUGGAGAUGUUUGUAUGUGGAGCUGCAAAUAAAGGGAAAGUCAAGCUGAAAGUGAAUGUUAAGGGCAUCCAACCAACAGUCAGACAAGGACACUGGUGAUGAACAAUUCUGCAGAGAGAGUUAUAUCACUUCUAGUCUUUAAUUACUGAACAUUUUUUACUGUCACAUGAAUUUUCUAUGCCACAUUAAAAUCAAAUACAGGUGUCUAAUGUUGGGGACACACUGCCUGUGUUGCGUGAGCGUGGCAGCUGCUUUGCUGAACUGCUGCAGCUUGAACAUGUGUGUGCUCACACCGUGUAUGUGUCUGCUGCAUCACCACAUAGCUUUCAGGUUACUUGAAUGUUGGAUUUCUUUUCAUUAUAAGUUCAUUUCUGAUUUAUUUUUUGACGGAAAACAUCGGUAAAAUGUCUC